AUGCACUACUCGUAUUCCUCGCUGUCCACCGGCGCUGGCGUCGAUCAGCACAAUCGCUGCCUCGGGAACAGGGCCUGGUGUGUCAAGGAUAUUUGCGGCAUUGUGUGCGUGAUAAUGACCUGGCUGCUCAUACUGUUUGCGGAGUUUGUGGUGUGUGGCCUGAUACUGUUGCCCAACUACGACAACAAUACGGUAUUCAGUAGCGUCAAUAUGAUAAUAUUCCAAGCGCUGGCAUUCCUGGCAUUCGUUUCCCACUUGCGCACAAUGCUCUCCGAUCCGGGCGCUGUACCUAGGGGAAAUGCCACCAAGGAGAUGAUCGAGCAGAUGGGGUAUCGAGAGGGCCAGAUGUUCUACAAGUGUCCCAAGUGCUGCAGUAUUAAGCCGGAUCGUGCGCAUCAUUGCUCCGUCUGCCAGCGCUGUAUACGUAAGAUGGAUCACCACUGUCCCUGGGUCAACAACUGCGUUGGCGAGAACAAUCAAAAGUAUUUUGUACUCUUUACGUUUUAUAUAGCAUCGAUAUCGGUGCACACGCUCUUUCUGGUGAUGACACAGUUUGCCGAGUGCGUGAAGAGCGAUUGGCGCACCUGCUCUCCGUACUCUCCACCGGCAACCAUAUUUCUGAUGCUCUUUCUCACGUUCGAGGGCCUGAUGUUUGGCAUAUUCACGAUUAUAAUGCUGGCCACGCAGCUGAAUGCUAUACUAAACGAUCAAACGGGCAUUGAGCAACUGAAGAAGGAAGAGGCGCGUUGGGCCAAGAAGUCGCGCCUUAAGAGCAUACAAUCCGUAUUUGGUCGCUUCUCGCUAGCCUGGUUCUCGCCUUUUACGGAACCAUCCUGUCGCCACAAAUUCAACUCGCAUUUCUACUCGGUGUGAGUUGUGGCUUCCAUUAGGACCAAGCUCAUGUUUCUUAGCUUAAACGAUCAAUCUGAAUGUACAAGUCCCGCUGCCCACUUGUUGAUCUUUGCAGUGCGAAAUCAAUGAUCAAAAUCAAUCGAUUUGAUGUGUUUGGGUAUAUAUAGAGAUACAUACAUAAAUAUAUUUACUUAAGCCUAACAUAAUACGGACGAUAAUGUCGCCUUUCAGCAACAUGCAAUAUACUUACUAAUUAAUAACUAACUAUUUAAUUGAAUGCAAGAGAAUUUUACUUUGUAACGGGAGAACGGAGAGGAGUCUAUUUAUUUUGUAU